GUUACCUGUCAAAGUUUAAAAAAGCAAGUUCACGCUACAUGGGAAUCCGUUUAGUUGACGUUUAAAAAUGCGUCACUCGUGCCAUGAGUUCCUCCAGGUCUCCGUUAUAUAGUCUUGUAUAGUGUUACGUUGUUAUGCAGCUCAGUAAUGUAGUCAUCCAAUAGCUGAAGUUGUGCCGGUGUUUAUUAUACUGAGUUAAUUAAGUAGACACGCGUUCCGCUUUAGUUCGUACAGUAGAGGGUGAUUUUACAGCUGAGGAAUGUGUGAUGGUGCCCCCCCCACAUCUGGUUGAUAUUCGGUAGCGCUGACAUCAGGACUGAACGCGAGGAAAUACACAGAGGUCCACGGGGACGCGUGAUCCGUGUCAUUGGCGGAAUCACCGAGGAGCCGUGUGGGGAGUCAGUCCACGGCCCCCCACGCUCUGUCACGUCACGCGGUAGCAGCGUCUCCUGCGGAGGAACGUGAACCCGGGGGUCGUAAAGGGCGAUGAAGGCCGACGGUCUCCCACUCCCACUGAGGCCGCGUGAAGCACGGGGCGUGGGAAUGAGCGCGGAGGGCGAGCCUUUGUUCAAGCCCCGCGGAGGAAUGUCUGGAUCUUUGAUGGGAUAAUUCAGCUUGAAGUGGCCGAAGCUGCUGCUGUCGAGCCGUGAUUUUACUGCCACUCCACGAAGAACCGAGCCCCUGUUGAGCAGAUCGUGGUUGAACGCGGCUCUGUCGGUGGGCUGAAGAGGGCUGUUGUGUUCUGGCUUGAAAAGGGAGAGAGAGAAAUUGUCUCCCUUGACAAUGGCAGAAGACGCGCUCGCGAUGCCGACCAGUGAUGGCUCCGGCCACUACCCGGCGUUCGUGGCUCCGCCCCGCGGGACCCACCAGAGGUCCCCCGGCUACGUCCCGGGGCGGGUCGCUCCGGUGCGGAGGCCGCCGCCGACCAAAGCGCCGCCGCCUCCGCCGGCCAAGCCUCACGGACGGCCGCGGGCCCCGCACGCCGCGUCGAUGGAGGCCCCGGGCCGACAGCGGCUCCAGAUCCUCCAGCAGAGGCGCAACACGCUCAUCUGCUGCGGCGUCUCCGCGGCCGCGUUCCUCCUCGCGCUCAUCCUCGUCUUCAGCCUCGCGAGGCGACACGUGCUGGACGAGAACUGUCCAGACCACAACCUGUCUCUCGCUAGCUGGAACCCAGGACACCGCCCGGAGGAGCCCGUCGUAGUGAAGAGGGGGCAGAUGUUCCGACUGGAGUCCUCUGCCACAUUCCAGUCUCUAACCAUCCAGUCGGGAGGUCGGGUCGUCUUUGCAGACGAUGCCGACGGCUCCCUGAACAUCACCGUCCGAACGCAUCACAUCCUCAUCGAAGGAGGCGGCGCGCUCCACAUCGGCGGGCCCAGGUGCCGCUACCGCUCCCGCGCCACCGUCGCCCUGCUGGGCCGCUCCGACGCCGCGGCGCCGGCGCCCGUCCCCGGCCUGGGCCGCAAGUUCAUCGGCGUGCGGGCCGGCGGCACGCUGGAGAUGCACGGCGCCGAGCGGCUCUCCUGGACCCUGCUGACCCGCGGCGUCCCCGCCACCGGGCUCGCCGCGGGCGGCCACGCCUUCGAGCGCAACUUCUCGCGCGGCAUCAACGUGCGCGUGGUGGACCAGGACACGUCGGAGGUGCUGCUGCGCGAGCGCUACGACACGCACGAGUCCCGCAACGACAGCCAGCGGCUCACGCGGCUGCUGCGCUCGCUGCCGCGCGGGCGCAUCGUGGCGCUGGCCGUGGGCGACUCGGCCGUCAAGAACCUGAUGAAGGAAACCAAGGAGGCUAUUAGGGAGACGCUGGGCAGCAGCUACGUGGACCAGCUCCAGUUCAGGCAGGCGUGGGCUUUGGUGUCGGUGGUGGGCGGCGGUAACGGGUCGUGCUCCGAAGAGGUGAGAGAGCACGAGAACCAUGACACCGGGGGAAGAGCUCUGGCGAGGCGCAACUUCACCACCGUGGACGGGGUGGGCUUCUCCGUGACCGCCUACAGCGAGUGGAAAACCGGUUUUCCUACCUCAGGCUUCCAGGUGGAUGCUGUGGACCAGGUGGUGCUGAACCUGCAGCAUGAAGUGCAGCAGACCUGGAAACCUGGGGAUCGCAUCGUCGUUGCCAGCACAGACUACUCCAUGCAUCAGGCUGAAGAGUUCACCCUUCUUCCCUGUCCUCACUGCACCAGCAGGCAGGUCAGAAUACAAGGGAAGCCUCAGUAUAACCACGUUGGAGAGAUCAUCGAUGGAGUUGACAUGCGCGCUGAAGUGGCUCUGCUCUCCAGAAACAUCCUCAUCCAUGGAGAAAUGGAGAAGUCCUGCUAUGGGAACAACUUGUGUCAGUUUUUCAGCCAUGACACCUUUGGAGGCCACAUCAAGAUCCUUGGAAACUUCUCGUCAGUGCAUCUGUCUCACGUGGAGCUGAAGAACAUGGGUCAGCAAGCAGUGAUGGGAGCCUACCCUGUGCAUUUUCACUUGUGCGGGGAUGUUGACCAGAAGGGAGGCUACCAGGAGCCCACCUACGUGGAUGGGCUGUCCAUACACCACUCGUUCUCACGCUGUCUCACCGUCCACGCCACCAACGGGCUGAUGGUGAAGAAUACUAUAGGUUAUAACACCUUGGGUCACUGUUUUUUCCUCGAGGAUGGGAUUGAGCAGCGGAACACUUUCUACCACAACCUUGGCUUGCUCACUCAGCCUGGAACGCUGCUGCCCACUGACCGCAAUGAGACCUUUUGCACCAGCAUUAAGGACAAGGUCUACAAGGACUACACCCCGUCACCUAGCACAGACUGCAAGGCAGUCUCAACAUUCUGGAUCGCCAACCCAAACAACAACCUCAUCAGCAAUGCAGCUGCAGGUUCUCAGGAUGCCGGCAUAUGGUUUAUUUUCCACAGCUCCUCCACCGGUGACUCUCACGGUCUGAUACCAGAGACCAAGGCAGAGCUUACGCCACUGGGGAUUUUUUACAAUAACCGUGUCCACUCCAACUUUAAGGCAGGACUGUUUAUUGAUAAGAGAGUGAAGACCACUAAUGCAAGUGCUGCUGACCCCCGGGAAUAUCUGUGCCUAGAUAACGGUGCCAGAUUCCGGCCGCACCGGAAUGCUGACCCCAGCCGUCCGCGGGUGGCUGCAGUCAUUGACACACUGGUCUCCUUUAAGAACAACGACCUGGGAGCAUGGAUACGGGGUGGUGACAUCAUCAUUAAGAACUCUGCCUUUGCAGACAAUGGAGUUGGCUUGUCCUUUGCCAGUGAUGGUAGUUAUCCUAAGGAUGAAGGCUCCAGUCAGGAAGUGACACAGUCACUGUUUGUUGGUGAAAGUCAAAACAGAGGGAAUAAUGGAGGGCUGAAUAAGUACUGGGGUCAAGGAGGAGCUGAUGGAAAGAUGAGGACCCUGCCUAGAAACAGGACAUUCCCAAUCCGAGGUUUCCAGAUCUACGAUGGUCCAGUGCGGCUCACGCAGAGCACAUUUCGCCACUUUACCCCGACCGCAGAGCGCUACACCAGUGCAGUGGGGUUCAGCCUGAAGAACACCUGGCAGCUCACCCCACGAAACAACCUGUCGCAGCUCACCUUUCACCCCACCGUGGGUCUGCGGGCGUUCUUCGGCCAGGCUGGGCAGUGGUUUGACGAUAACGACCUGGACGGAGACAAAAACUCCAUCUUUCAUGAUGUCGACGGCUCAGUGACAGGCUACAGAGACACCUACGUUGGCAGAGCGGACAACUACCUGAUCCAACAUCCCGGAUGUUCCAACGUGUCCCAGUGGAAUGGUGUCAUCUGCAGUGGCCGCUAUUCUCAGGUGUACAUCCAGACGCAGGGCACGCCCAAUCUAGCUUUAUCCAUCAGCAGAGAUGAAUACCCUGACGCUCCGCUAGUACUGAGGGGGAUCAACAGCCAGACAGCGCUGUCUAAGCAAUAUCAGCCCAUUCUUAUGAUGAGCAAGAGCUAUACUUUGCACUGGAGUGGACCUGCUCCCAGAGAAGUGGUCCUCUCUCUCAUCAACUUUGAAAAAGAUGACUGGGUUCUAGUGGGAAUCUGUUACCCAUCAGACACCACCUUUCAGAUCAUGUCCGACAUCAACGAUAGGCAAAGCAACACCUUUGAUGACAUCACAGACUAUGGCACUGUGUCAUCCCUCUCAGAGUUGGAGAAGAGGCCAGUGGAACGAAAGUACUUCUUUGAUCAAACUGUUGGCUUGUUGUGGCUCUACCUUCGGGCUCGUCAUGGCCGCGACGGUCACAGCUACUGUUCAGUAAAAGGCUGUGAAAGAGUCAAAAUCACGGCCACUACAUCCGCUAAACAAACCUGUAACUGUACAGCCAAAGCCUACCCCAAGUACUCAAAGACCCCUUCCCUCGUGGUGCCCAUGCCACCGCUGGACAGUCGCCCCUGCAAAGGCUGCGGUGCCAAACAGCUUGUGUUUAGCAGUGAACCAUGGACCUCCUACCUCCAGACCCAAGUCAAGUCUCUCAGCAGCAAAGAGCAGCAGAGAGGAGAUGACAGCUCCUUUAUCACUGUGAAUGAGGUGACCAUGCCCUUGUCUACGCCUGGGUAUUUAUUGGUUUCAGUGGAUGCCUGCUCGGGAAAUGUCACAGAGAAAAAAAUAUUUCCCAAAGUGGAUGCGAAGAUGAAACAAUACCUAAUAAGUGGGAUACCGAAGAGGUCAAUAGUGCUCAUGGCAACACGUGGUCAACUAAAAGAUCUGACUGAUGUAGCACCAUAUCUGGACACCGUGUUUGGUUUGGCCAAAACUGCUGAUCUGCACAGUAAAGAAUGCCUGGCACUUUGGGGGUUCCGCAGAACGAACGAUGGGGCUCAUGCGCCUCCCUCGUGGGUUUCCCUUCGAACCGGACAGGGGGAUGACUUCCCGGGACUGCAGGAGCGAUACCUUCCUCUCUGUUUGGAGACGUACGGAUGUAAACCUGCCGCGGGUCAAACGCGCAGAGACCUGGAGCUGCUCAAAAAAGCCACAGGACUUUAAUGACCAAUGUGAACUACCAAAAGAUACACAAACACACACAGCCAGGUGAUAAAUGUGAGCUGCUGACCCUCUAAUUUAUUUGCAAUAGCAAAGAUGUUGGCCUAUGUUUAGUGAAAAGAAGGUUUAUCGUGACCGGGACGGGUUUUAUUUGUGACUUUGUUUGUGUGUGCAUGUGUAAGAAUGCCUUGGGGUCAUUGAGUCAAUGCACUUUCCUUUUAAAACACAACCUGCCUUAUCUGCCAAAGAGGUCAGAUGGAACUUCUGCAACACUGUAGCUCAGUUGUUUAUGAGGAAAAAGAGCAAAAAACAAGCCAAAGCAACUUUAACAUCUUUAUAUCAUUAAUAUUAUUUAUGAUGCGUUAAAGGAAAACAAUGAAUUGGAUUAAGUCUGAAAACAAAACACAACUACACACAAGAGGAGUUUAUGAAAUAAUUACAUUUCAUAUUAAAAUUGCAUUGCAUUGAAAAGAAGAAUGAUUAGAACUGAAAAUCAAAUGAGAAUCAUUAAAUGUUCUCAGGUCAAAAGGAAAUGAUGAAAAUCAAGUAAAUGGCAAGGUUAAGUUAAAAAUAAUGUCAGUUUAAUAUUAAACCGUGCAUUAGAUGUUUUAUACAAAACAUUGUAUAAGCAACCAUACCAAGCCAUAUCACAACAAUCCAGUGCUCUGGGUCAUUACUUUCUCUUGACCAACACUGUGAUGACUGGAAGCCGUGACCUGAUCAUCGAGCAGCUCUACAACUACAGACUCAAGCGCCUUUUUUGGAUCCUUGCGUGGUCUUACUGGAUGUUUUAUAGCACGUUUAUUUAUCUUUUCACAGUGAUGCUAAGAGAUAAAUCUGAUCUGUUGGCCACGUGCAGCACAGACAUACAGCAAACAGAUGUUUUCCUUUUGGUUUUUCUUUGUAUUGGGUUGAAUGUUUUGCCCUUUAUCUGCCUCAUUGGUGAUCUUUUUGUUUUCAGUAUUGCCAAAACCAUGUUAAUAUUGUUGAUGGACAUUAUGACAGUAUGAAGUCUUGACUAUGCAACAUGCUCACAGAUCAUAGCAGUUGUAACGUUUAGCCUUUACAGCAAAGAAUCUUUCAAAGGGUGUUUGGACGCGAGCAGGGCUCCCCCACUGAGGAAUGGUACAGAAAGUACCUGUGUGUGUGUGUGUGUGUGUGUGUGUGUGUGUGUGUGUGUGUGUGUGUGUGUGUGUGUGUGUGUGUGUGUGUGUGUGUGUGUGUGUGUGUGUGUGUGUGUGUGUGUGUGUGUGUGUGUGUGUGUGUGUGUGUGUGUGUGUGUGUGUGUGUGUGUGUGUGUGUGUGUGUGUGUGUGUGUGUGAGAGACCAGAAAGGACACACACUUUGUUGCCUUUUAACCACUCUACUGUUAAAAAGCAAAAAGAAACGAGAGGUUUUUCCAUCGAUUGUUUUUUGCCUAUUGUUGCUUUGAAGCUGCACAACCAGAGAUGAGGUGAGCUUUGUAAAUGGGAAGGUGUGACUUACUGGUUAAGUUAAACUCUAUGUGUAAUGGCAAAAUUUAGCAACUUCUUUCAACAUUGGAAUUUGGCAUUUCUUAUAAAAGUUGAAUUAAUAAACCUUUUUGAUGAAACCACA